CAUGUACCAAGUAUUUAUAACGGCGGAUAUCGGAGAUGAAAAGUGCACUAUAUUUUAGUCUGAGUCGGAAUUCCGGACUUACGGUCACUUAGCGAUCUGCGUUCGGAAAAUAUCAGGAUAGCGUCACGUUCGAGUGAGACAAGCCAAAACAAACAGCUUUUAAAUUAUUAACACGUUUUAUUGGUUAUUAUGUAUAUGAAAUCUCUUUAAUUUAACUCAACCAAUUUCUCUUCCAUUUACAACGAGGUAGUUUGAAGCCUAGGGUGUUUGUGUGGGCCAGGAGAGAAGGUGACGGGGAGGAUGGGGGUUUUAGGGGGUGUUAUUGAACGAAUAGAAACACGUUUACUGACUUGGGAUUAAUUUUUGAGAAUCAGUUAUUGGAAGUUAGGCUGAUAUUUUGUUACUGGAUAGAUGAUAAAUGUUAAACGCCAAGACCCAAGAAAGAUCCAGACUUUCGUAAACAAGUGUCUCCGAAAAAUUCUACAAAUUUAUUGGCCAGAUACUCAAACGAAGACCUAUGGCGAACAACAGGGCAAGAGAAAAUGGAAUUGCAGAUCAAGAGAAAACGCUGGGGACCUGGGGUUGGUGGGUCUGCGCAAACCAAAUACCAACACCACCAAGCAGGCCUUGAGAUGGAAUCCACAGGGAAAGCGGAAGAGAGGGAGGCCAAGGAACAGCUGGCGACGGUCAAUCGGAGGUGGAGUCGAGAAAGGUAGGCUUCAACUGGCAAUAGUUGGAGAGACAGUCACAAGACAGAGAGCGAUAGAGAGACUUCCUUAAAGGUGGCUCGAUUGGACUUUUGUGUAACAAUACUACUCAACUUUGAGCGACUAAAGCACCACCAUUAUCAAUCCAACAGAAAAUCGAACGUUACUGGUGUGUUGGAGAAAGAUGAAAGUUUCAAAUGAGGUAAGUUUUACCAGGGUCUGAGUUACAAUAGCAAUUAACGUUAAACAUGAGACCGAGUAAUUUAUCAUCUAGUGAUAAUUUUGGAAAUAAGACGUAGGGAUCUAAGACAUGUAGUUGUUUAAACGAUGCAAAAUAUACAAAAAUGUAUAAGAGCGUUUUCGACUAAGAAAAAUGCGGGUAAAGUUUCACUACAGUUAGGCUCGAUUUCUGCCGCUCUCUCGUGUCCGGUCUACGUUCAGUUUCAAGGUAUAAAAAUACAACAAAAACAAAGCUGUUUUAAAAUGUUAUUGCAAACUAUGCCAAGACUUGACUAAAUGGUAUUUUAAGGUCUUAAAUGAAUCUUAUAACAUCUAAUUACCUCUAGAGAAAAUCUCAGAGAACUGAGAUUCAUUUGAUUUUCAGAAACAUUUUGCUUUUUAACAAAAAUUAGUCAAGUCUUGUGGGCAUAGUUAGUUUAGACAACUUUGUCAGGCCUUAGAUCCCGACGUUUUAUUUAUCAUGCACUUGAUGAUAAGUUAUUCGGUCUCAUGUAAACUGGGGCAUAACGUCAUAACAUUGCUAUGGUAACUCAGACCUUGGUAAAACUUAAAACUUUCAUCUUUCUCCAGCACACCAGCAACAUUCGAUUCUCUGUUGAAUUAAUAAUGGUGGUGCUCUAGUCGCUCAAAGUUGAACAGUAUCGUUACACAAAAAUCCGAUUGAACCACCUUAAGGACCUAUGCCCCCCACGAGGUGAAAGGGUUUAAGCCAGUAUAAGUCAGUAGAUAAAUCAUCACCAUGAUUAACUGUUACGUCAGGGCUGUUCAACACGAACCAUAGGCUCGAUUUCCACCGCUUUCUCGAGUCCGAUCUGCAGCGCGGGCUCUUUUCUCGAACAGCGGCUGGUAAUCGAGCCUGCAUGAACCACAACUAAAUAAUACUAAUCCUUGCAUCCAGGAGCCUGUAUGGUCGUCAAGUACUUGUGAGCCUUAAAAUCACUGUCGUUGUUAUUCCACCAUCUUGAACUUCAAACCGGAUUUUUUUCUCUUUUUUUGAAGGCAAAAUCUCUUCACUGUUUUCGAAGUAUCAGAUCCCAGGCGUUGCUUUUUCUCCAAACAAUAUAUCCUGUUUGCUUCGGGGCGCUCGCCGCGGCUCCCUUAUAAAGAACUUUGAAAGAAUGGAAAUAGUUUUAUAUCCCAUUAAGCCUUCCGGUGAUAAUUAAAAUCCUUCUUUAACUGCAGUAAAACUAAAAAAAAACAACCAACGCUAAGUGAAUAAUCCCAAGAUCUCCCUGAAACUCAACCCGCGGUGGCCCCUCUUCCACCUUAAGGUUAAAAUUAAAAUAGAAAUAGCCUGUCCCCUUCCAAACGAAGCCGGAUAAAAACUCUAUGAUACGCAAAUUAUUUCUAUCAGGAGUUACACUUUCUAGUUAAUAAGUUAAAUAACUAAUAUUCCUUCAGUGGCCUUAAUCUAUCAUGGAUGUAGUCGCGUUGAAAUUAUUGCAAUUAAAUAAACGGCUUUUAAAAUUUAGAUUCUCUCUGAUGAGUCUGUCCGUCUCACAAACAAACCCCUUGGGUGGUCGUGGUCGCUGGGAGCCGGUGUCAAGGAAAACCACAUCACAACAAACCAAUUUUAUUUUUCCAAUUGCCUCCCAAGUUUUGCAUAAACUAUUAUGAAAUGCUCUUAGGAGAUGUGCAUAUUCCCAAACGCAUUUCACAACAACAUUUUAUGCAAUAUGUGUGGGGCAAACAGAGUGAAUUAUGGACAAUUGGAAUACAGAGAAUAAGGAGUUCAUGGGAGUGCGGCUCUUUUGUGGAGUUUAGAUAAGUAAAAUACUUGAGAUAAUAAGGAUUAUAACGCACAAAAAUAGUGCUUGCGGCUAGGAAACAAUAAAUGAAUUUGAGACUGAACAAAUAAGAAGAUUACACAUAUUAAGGCAAGCACGUUUGCCGGUAUUUCGGUUUUAAACAAACCCUUUACAACGGAGGAUAGCUUGAAGGAGGGAAGCUUAAAACAAAUUAUGUCAAAGAGCCAUUAUUCAGUUAAGUACCUAGAAAAAGUGUCGUUUGAGGUUUGGGCUAAUUGGGAGGCCGUUAAAAAUCUGUGUAGUGCCGGGGAUGAUCGAAAAGGAUGGAGAGGUUAGGAUCAGUUUCUCUCCUGUUGAAACAAAAGUUUACUCCAAGCUAUGUUUAGGAGCGAGGACAAACAUAACGGAAAUUGUGACAACUAAGAUAAAUGUGAGCCAGACUUGUUAGUCCAUGGCGAGGAUUUGUUUGAUUUUAUUUGUUUGAUUGUACUUGCGUUUUUUUGUUGUUUUUUUUUUCUGAGUUUUAUUUCACACGAGGGAAAAUUUUACACAAAAGGCAUUUCUAUUCAAAACUCUUUCCAGUUUCUCCGUUUUCUAGUUUUCUGGCUAACUGAUGCACCCAGGGUGUAGACCCAAUAAUAAAGUACUAAUUGCUUAUAGCCCCUCUGUGUUCAUGUCAAUGACAAUAGACUUCCUAUGGCUUUAGCCCCGGGAAAACAUUUAAUAUUUCAGCCUUUCUCGUUCUUGAGUGAUUAACACUCAAACUAGACACGUUUCUUUCUCUGGCUAUCAUCACGGAUCUUCAGGAAACCUUUUUGGGAAGCAAUCUAUACGUUUAAUUCCCGCAAAUCUUCUAAAAAUAUGAAGAAUCAGAUUUCCAUUAUGUAAAGUUUCUUUUAUUAUCGAAGCAGUCACAUUAGUCUUUUAGCUUACUUUUGUCUAACUACGUCAUCAAUAAAACAAUGUUUUGAUUAUUCAGUUUUUUUCAAUUCUGCCUCUCUUAAGCAUGCCAUUUGAGAAAAACGAGCUGACCUUCAGUUCUUAUACUCCACCGUCUGUGCUUGCCAGUAAUUAGGUCUGUUGGCCUGCAGAGGAGACAUUUAAAUCUACUUAAUUGGAAUUUCCACGCACCACGACGCUGGUACUAAUACAAUUAAUUGGCGAACAAUUUUGCUUCGGUUAUUCUUCGCGCCCAAACUGUUGUGAAUACUCGGGUACUAUAGACAUUCCGGUUGCGGCCAUAUUUGUCUUCUCGUAGUUUGGAAGGUACUAACGUUCAAGAGCACAAUCUCUGACUACGCUUUAGUUUCUGCAGACGAAAAGAACGGCAUUACUUCUUUCGUGCCUACAACUGGCAUUGGUUCUCUCUGGAGUAAAAUCCAGGACUAUUCGGAUAUUCACAGAUCGCUGGUUUUUCAAGCUUAUCAACUGGAAUUAUUUCACAAUUUAUUGUCUGUUUAUUUUACUUUUUGCUUCAUUGCGAUCGAUCAGAUCCGACGUCACGCUUCGCUACGCGUUACGCUUUGUCACAUGUCACGCACUCAACUCGCUGACCAAUGAAAUUGCUCAUCGUUCCAGUCUUUUUUUCCGGCUGACGGCGGUAGCCUUGAACUGAACAAAAACGAGUAAUCGCUGGUUACGUGACACUUUCGGUCAUGAAGUUUAGAAUAGUUAGAUUUAUCGUGGGAAUUGUCGGUCUUAUAGUGAUUAUUCAAGUAUUAACGGCCAUUUAUUUCUCAUCUAAACACUGGCCGGAGGAUCAUCCUGUAAUUGGAAACCGUCAUGUUGGAAGGUCGGUUGGUAAAACGCACUCACACGUGGAGAAGGAACAGGUUAAUGUUCCAGAGCAAAAACUUCCUCAGUCGAAACAAGAAGGAAACAAAGAAAUGGAUGGUGAACUAGCAGUUUUAGAAAAACCAUUUAUUCCUCCAUGUACAGUAAAACACAAAGAUGCUCUUUCUGCUUUAAAGCGAGUGAAAUCUGACAGUUGUAAAAGACUUAUUUACAAGACAGCAUGUCUGUCUGAAGCCAAAAUGCUCUUCAAAACUGAUGUAAAAAGAUCUUGCCCUGUGCCUCGGGAUAAGGGAAGCCCUGCAAAGACUGUUGAUCCCACUCGCACAGCAUACGGGAGUCCCAUCAGGAUUGCAUACGUCCUCACACUUCAUGGACGAGCUUUUAGACAAGUGAAGAGAUUGUUCAAAGCUCUCUACCACAACAAUCACUACUUUUUCUUUCACAUUGACUCUAGGUCUGACUAUCUUCGAAGAGAAAUUCUAAAGAUGAUACGUAAUUUUCCAAAUGCUGCAGUAGCACCCUGGAGUUUGGCCACCAUUUGGGGAGGGGCGAGUCUGCUUAAAAUGUUACUCAAGUGUAUGGAGGACUUAAUGGCCAAGAAAGAUUGGAAAUGGGACUUUUUUAUAAACUUGAGUGAAUCUGACUAUCCAAUCAAGCAUAAUUCACAACUAGUGGAAUUUCUAAGAGCUAACAGAGAUUUUAAUUUCUUAAAACCCCAUGGAAGAGACCUUUGGAGGUUUAUUAAAAAGCAAGGUUUAGAUAGAACAUUUUUAGAGUGCGAUGAACACAUGUGGCGACUUGGGGACAGAAAAAUCCCCCCUGAUAUUGACAUCGAUGGAGGAAGUGACUGGAUUGGCUUGAACAGGAAGUUCUGUCACUAUUUAGUGACGUCAAAGGAUCCUCUAGUGACGACACUCAAACACAUGUACAGUUACUCCCUGUUACCAGCCGAGUCUUUCUUUCACACUGUACUAAGGAAUGGUCCUUACUGUGAGACCUUCAUCCGCACGAAUUUUCGCCUCACCAACUGGAAGCGAAAGCUGGGCUGUCGCUGUCAGUACAAACACAUUGUAGAUUGGUGUGGGUGCUCGCCAAAUGACUUCAAACCUGAGGAUAUGCCUCGACUAAAGAGCCAGGGAGGAAACUACUUUGCGCGAAAGUUCGAGGCGAUCGUCAACCAAGAGGUUAUCAACCAGUUAGAUGCCUGGCUGUAUGACCCGUACCCCCCGGACACGCCUGGACUUAACUACUACUGGGAAAAUAUUUACCACUACGAAGACUCAGUCACAAAAGCCAGUGACGUGUUUAGGACAUUUUUCCAAUCUUUCGUUAGAUUGGGAGCGAAAAGCUUGAAAACUUCUCCCGCACAAGAUGGCGAAAGCCACAGUUGUCGCGAUGGAAUCGUUGGAAACAUCAAAGAAGUCACAGUUCUUAGUCAACAUGAUCAGUUUGGUGGGUUGUUAGCUUUAUAUGACGUUGAAUACACAACAAGCAGUGGCGGCAAACAGAAUGUCACGUUGGAGUCGUGGUUGGCUCCAUUGAGCCACGAGGAGCUGUUAAAUUUGAACAUGAGCAACGGGCCACAGCGACUUGUUGGAUUAGAGGUAGGAACUAUUUGGGACCAAAAGGAAAGGGUCUUCCGUAACUUGGCGCACCUGAUGGGUCCCAUGGAUGACCCUGUGUUGGUCCAUCGCUGGGUUCACGGCAAGCCAUUUGAUGUCAAACUCAUGUGGGUGGACCCAAUCAAUGUGGUGACGGGAAUUUAUGAAAUGCACGUGGUCGAAAAUUGGGUGGUGUCUUUUCAUAAGCCCACUUUCAAGAAACCCAUGCGGCCUGGAAAAUGGACCAUAAAAAUGAUCUUCUCUCACAAAGGCGAAGAUAUGGUGAUAGGACAGACAAACUUCCUGGUCAUACCACUAGCGUUCUCAAAAGGCCAGCCCAUUAGCGCGCAGGAUGCUGUCGCAGCUAACAGUGGUCCCCCUGGGGGAAUUUACAACACAAAUGAUUUCCUUAUUGAGUUUGAUCGCGAAGCUAACAACACCGAGGCGCUUGCUAAGCAGGCCGCGGAAAAUUCCAGGAAGGCUGGGUCCGAGCUUGAUGCCUGGGUAGAUGGUGUUGCUGAAUAUUUUUGGACUGUAGAGGCGUCUUGUACAAUUCGUGGCAAAAUUCCAGGCUGUGAAGACAUUUCUCCUUGUGAAUCGACAUUAUGGAGCUCAAGGUCGCCAGACCCCAAAUCGGAAUUAGGCAAGGUUAAACCUGAUGGUAGAUUACGAUAGUGAAGUAAUUUGUUUUUCCAUUUAGGUAAUUUUAGAUUUUUAAAUUACGGUUGGACAUGUUCACCAGACCCGGUUGUGUAUUUAUUGUAUGGUCUGCUUUGGAACUAAAAAUAAAAUAACUUAUGUACAUUUUGGUUUUACUUCAGUUCUCCCCCAAAUUUCAAAGCUUAGUGACUUAAGCUGGCGUUUGUCUUAGGUUGUAGUGCAUGUUUCGUAAUCUAUUUGUUAAGUCUAGCACAUUUUUUGAAUACAAGUAUCUACUAAGGCAGCGUCCACACUAAGCCGCUUUAUUUCUACGGUUUAGCCUACCGUUCACACUAAUCCGUCACGAA